GCGGUCGCAGUGACACACACAAGCAAAGGGAAGACGCCGAACGACGCACGUCGACAAUCGCUGCUGCUCCCCACCGAGGAACCGCGUCCAACUCGUCCCUUCGAUCUAUUUGCUUCACUUUUUGACGAGCCGUGAACUCGGACCGUGAAAGUUUCCCUCGGGACGCCAGCGGAAGGUGAUUUGCCGUCCGACGCCAAAUAUCCACUACUGUUCUCUGGGAGGAGCUGAAGACAAUUGUCACGACCAUUCUGAUUUGAUAAGGCUGAUCCAACUUUGGAGGUGACGUUUUGAGUGUGAGGACCAAAAUGACCGGUCACAUGCAGUGUCCUUGACGAAGACUCCCGCCCAAAAAAAAGGUUCCAGAAGAUUCCUGCGUUCUUGAAAGGCAAUCAACUCCCGCCAUCAUGCCGAUCCUCAAGCAGCUGGUACACUCCAACCAGUCCAAGCGACGUUCUCGCGCCGACCUGACGGCGGAGAUGAUCAGCUCUCCUCUGGGUGACUUUCGGCACACCAUGCACGUGGGGCGCGGCGGCGACGCCUUCGGGGACACGUCCUUCCUCAGCACGCGCUCGGCCGAGCCCCCCGAAGCCAAGCACGACUCGCCGGUUUCCAAGCCGUCGCUGCUGGCCCGCACCUUCCGCAGCAGCAAGCGCUCGCACUCCGUUAAUCGCGGGGACCGCUACGAGUACAAUGCGGCCGCGCCGCCCACCGCCUCAGCCGCCUUUGUGAAGAACGCCACUUCUCUGCCGUACCUCAACCACCACGAGGGUGGCGUCAGAAGCCAGGCGGCGGGCAGGCCGGCAGCCAUCGCCACCUUUGACGCGGAGUUUGACGAGCGCCACUUUGGCGAGCUCGCCGAGCUGCCGCCGUCCCAGCCCAAGAGCGGCGGCAUGAAGCACGCAGAGUCCAUGAUGUCCUUCCACGUGGACUUGGGGCCCUCCAUGCUGGGCGACAUCCUGAGCGUGAUGGAGAAGAAGGACUCUGAGGACGACGACCUCGGCUACGAGGAAGGGAAAAGCAGCGAGGGCCCCGGCUCGCCGGCGCACAUCCCGCUCAUUGACGAGGCCCCGCCCGUCGAGGAGCGGCGGCCGCCCGCCAGGCCACCCCGCAUGAUGAUCUACCAGCAGAAAGUCAUGGUGGCGCCCUACAGCCCCGAGCUUCCCACCAAGAACAACCACCAGCACCUGGACAGCUGCUCCGUGUCCAGCGCCGGUUCUACCACCGAGGAAAAAACGUCGUAUCUCCACCACAACGACACGGACAGCGCCAAGUACAGCUCGCCGCGCGACGACGACUUCUCUUACAUGGACGAUGACGACGACGAGAUCCGAGUUUGAGGCCGGGCCGGGCCGUCGCCUCCUCGAGGAUGAACUCAAUCCUCUACUCGGCCAUCGGGCUGCGGUUACGGCAUCUAAUACUGUCACUCGUCGUCGAACCUCGUCCAUCAACGACUCUGGGGAGCUGGUGGGCUUCUGCGGUUGGUUGCCAUGUUGAAACAGGAAGUGCAAGUUGUGGCUGAGAACGUGAUCAAGAAGACUGAAGGUGAGAGGCUUGGCUCCGGCCUCCCUCCAGCCGUUUCUGCGUGGGUGAGGUUUUCCAUCUUUCUUCUUCCCGCAUUAAAAAACACAGACGUGGUAGGUUCAUGUGAAGACUCUAGAUUGUCUUUUGAAGGUGAGUUUGUCUAAAUGUGCUGGCGACCACCUUUGUCAGCUACGAUAGGGUUCAGCCCACCUGCGACCCGACUGAAGACUGACAUCUAAAAGUGUCCGCAGGCUGUCCCAUUUUUAAUUUUAGUCUUCAAAACUAGGGCACUUAAAAAGGGGGAUCUUUGACAUGGUGUUAAAAAAAAGGCACGCAAAAAAAGGGCUGGGUAUGUGUUUGGGUGAUGGCCAAGGAGACGUCGUUGGCUAACGCAAAGCAGAACGGCCUCCGACAGGAAUCUCCUCCCCCUCCCAAAAAAAACGACGUCGUCGUGACAGUAUUUGCUUCCUGUGAGCGCAGGAUUUAACGGACCAGAACGGACGCCGUGUGGAGGUGGUUAACGUGCUAUGCACUUGUUACUCAGAUCACAAUUUUAGGUACACCUGCACCCAAAAACAAUAUCUUCAUGUCUGUCAGUCGAAUUUAUAAAAAAUAUGACCUAAUUUAUUGAUUUUUGUCGAUUGCAUAAUACUAAUCCAUUGAGUAAUGUGCAUGCCACAGCCACAAUAAUUUAUUCCGAUAUAUGAGCUAUUCUUUCUGUAGUAAUGAGUUUGCAGCUUUGCAAUUUGCAGAUUUAAAAGAAAAAGGAAAUAUUUUGCCAAAUGCCACAGGCCCGACCGAUAAUGUAAGUGAAAAAAAAAAUGGAAUAGUUGGUACUUUAUUUAUACCUGUUUUUUAUGAUUGGAGUUUACAUAUUUGGGAAUAGAGUUAAAACAGCAUUAUAUGAUAAAUGCAAUAAAGCAAGAAUUAAAAAUAGAUAUAUCACUAAAUAAGAGGGAUUUGGGUUUUAUGAAUGCAUAAUGUGGGGCAGGUGCACCCAAUCGUGUCGUACGUUAGCCAAGUUUAUUUUAAUAAUCAUUUUGUCGCUAACACUAGCUGCAGGUCACUUUUCUUCUGUCUUUUGAAAUGAAGUUUCAUAUCACUUUUUUUUCAAUAUGUGUAUAUAUAUAAAUAUAGGUACAUAUACUUUUCUGAGGUAAAAGGGCCAAAUGUUCACAUGCCUAUCAUCCACUGCAGAAUUUUGAGAUUUGUUGCAUUAUAUUGCAGCAAAUUGCUGUGAAAUGCCAUCUAAACUGCGUGGAGUUUUUGUUGUUGUUACUUUGCAAGUGAGGUGGUGGGGGUGGGGUUAUAUUAAAAAUACAAACGGCUGUAAAAGUAUGUUCUCUUACCAAGUGUGUGUCAUCUUUCUGCUACUUUACCGCACAAUAACUAAUCUACUCUUUGUUUUCAGUAAAAGAGUAGGCUGAUGAAAUGGACGGUGUGAUGUAAGAAGUUUUGCGUUCUCUCACGAAUGAUCAUUUUUCUUUUUCCCCUGAAAAACCAUUGGGUCAGAUUUUGUAUUGUUGAAUUGUGAGGAACAAGCAGCAGAUAGCUUUCCAGCUGUCACAAUUAAACAAGAAACGCAUAAUUUUGAAAAAAAACUUGGAGGUUAUGAUUAAAGAAUGUUUCUUAAACUGGAUAAAUGCAAAUAAUGGAAUUGUUCAAUUUUAUAAUACAUGUAGUAAAACUGUUUCUACCAAUAGCAAAAGAUUUUUUGGACCCUGUACCUACCAAUUUAAUUGAUUUUUAUAUUUGGUUUGUUAAAAGGACCCCUAUUUCAUUCUUCAACACAAUUGUUAUUCAUGGAACGCUGUCGCCUUCUGCUGGAGGUGACGUCACACUAAAAUCCGAGAGACGCCGAAUUUCAUCAUAAAAGGCCGCUGGAUGGCGCCAGUGUGCAAAGUGCGACUCGCCUAGAAAGUGUAGAAGAAGGUUGUCUUGGAUUGCGGACGUGACGUCAGGCAUUCAGAGAGGAGUUAUCAAAUACAGGUGAAGCAAGAUGGCGGACGACGGUGGCGUUCUCUCAGCUACAGUGAUCGGCCUGGUUGUACAGCCUGAUGGCAGCAGGUGGUGCAUCGUGGGUGACGAAGCCGGUUACUAAUGGAGCUCUCCAGGGCUCUGACAGUCUCGUGAAAUGGGUGGGAGACAGUCCAUGAUGGAGGACAGCUUAGCCACCAUCCUCCUCUCUCCCACCACCUCCACCCGGUCCAGACUGCAGUCCAGGACAGAGCCGACCAUUUUCACCACCUGUCCAGCCUCUUCAUUGUUCAUCUAUUUAGUCCUUGUAUGUGCCUUCUUGUUUUUACUUUUUGUAUUGUUUACUUUUGGUAGUGUAUUGUACAUAGAGGUCGUUUGGUCAAGGAUGAAAAAGAAAAAUUGACAUGUUCAUUUUACGCUGCGUUACAUACAAGUGAAUGGGGGCACUGCCAUCUUGCGGUUGCUUGGCGUCAUUACAUGAACCGCUUCAUAAACGAGUCAAAAGCCUGUAUGUUUAAUAUCAUACGACGUACGUAUUUAAUUCUGCUUAUCUGUCGGUAUUUUAAACUAAACAAAUGUACAGUAAACUAUUCAUAUGUUCAAGUUCUAAUAACCAUAUUGUAACUGAAGUGGAAUGAUAUUUUCAUUAAAGAAGGAGCAAUGCUGAAAUGGAAA